AUGGUCAAGGAUUUCAAGCCAGCCAAGCUUCCACACUAUAGGGAGCCUACCAUUAUUCUCUUCGAUGGAAGCCAGCUUCCACAGAUCGGCGCUGGCACCUGGAAACACUCUGACGAGAUCGCUCCGAAGGCCAUCUACACUAGCCUCCAGCUCGGUUACCGACUCCUUGAUGGCGCUUGUGACUACGGAAAUGAGAAGGUCUGCGGCGAGGGCUUGAGGCGUGCUAUCGCCGACGGCGUCGUCAAGCGGGAGGACGUCUGGGUCGCCUCCAAGCUCUGGCAGACCUUCCAUGCGAUGGAACAUGUCCGCGCUGCCGUCCAGAAGUCCCUCGAAGACUGGGGCGUCGAAUAUUUCGACCUGUACUACAUUCACUUCCCUAUAUCACUAGCUUAUGUUCCCUUUGAGACCCGGUAUCCUCCAGGCUGGUACUAUGAUGGCGAGAGUGAGGUCCGGCACUCACGCGUCCCGAUUCGCGAGACAUGGGAAGCACUAGAGGAGCUCGUGGACGAGGGGCUCAUUCGUCAUCUCGGCGUAUCGAACUUCAACAGCGCAUUGCUCAUGGACCUACUGAAGUACGCGCGUGUCAAGCCUGCCAUCCUUCAAAUCGAGAUCCACCCUUACAACGCGCAGCUGCGCGCCGUCGACUACGCCCAGUCUCAAGGCCUCGCCGUAACCGCCUACAGCUCCUUCGGGCCCCAGAGCUUCCUCGAGCUGAAGAUGUCCAAGGCGCUCCACGCGCCCUCCCUCUUCAUGCAGCCCGUGGUCACGCAGAUCGCCGACGCGCACAAUAAGACGCAGGCGGAGGUCCUCUUGAAGUGGGCCGUCCAGCGCGGGCUCGCGGUCGUCCCGAAGGCGGACGACGUGCGCCUGCAGGAGUUGAACUUGCGCGUGGGCGAGACGAGCUGGAUGCUGAGCGAGGAGGAGAUGGAGAGAAUUAGUGGGCUCGAUAUGCACUUGAGGUUUAAUGACCCUGCGGACGAAUUUGAGGGUUGCCAUAUCUUCUCGUAG